AUGACUGAGGAGAAAAUGUUCAUCAACAUUUUCAAUUACAUUGAGCAUUUGUACGGCAAGAUAAGGCCAAAGAAACUUUUUUUCAUGGCGAUCGACGGAGUGGCACCACGAGCAAAGAUGAAUCAACAACGAGCACGACGGUUCAGGACUGCACUGGACGCAGAAAGAGCAAGAGAGAAGGCAGUCCGUGAAGGUGUCGAGAUGCCUUCGGAAGACGCAUUUGACAGCAAUUGCAUUACCCCCGGGACUGAGUUCAUGGCAAAGCUGACCAAGCAAUUGAAAUAUUUUAUUAACAAAAAGAUCUCAGAAGAUGCGGAUUGGCAAGGUGUUGACAUUGUGCUGUCUGGCCACGAAGUACCAGGCGAAGGGGAGCACAAGAUCAUGGAAUACAUCAGACUAGCCAAAGCUCAGCCUGACUAUGACGCUAAUAUCCGUCACUGCCUGUACGGGCUCGAUGCCGACCUUAUCAUGCUUGGUCUGUUGAGCCAUGAUCCUCAUUUCUGUCUCCUUCGGGAAGAAGUCAGCUUUGGCAACCGGAACAAGGAAAAGAAAUCGAAAGAGUUGGAGCAUCAGAACUUCUAUCUUCUGCACCUUUGCAUCGUCCGAGAGUACUUGGAGUUGGAAUUCCAAGGGCUUAAAGCGCCUGGCAUAAUGAAAUGCACAUUUGACAUGGAACGCAUUAUUGAUGAUUUCAUACUUAUGGCGUUCUUCGUCGGAAACGACUUCCUGCCUAAUCUCCCUCACCUGCAUAUAAAUGAAGGCGCUCUAGCGCUCAUGUUCAAGAUCUACCAGACUGUACUGCCAAAAGCUGGUGGCUACAUUAAUGAACGUGGCGUUAUCAAUUUAGAGCGCCUGGGCAUUCUCCUAGAUGAACUUUCCCGCGUUGAAUAUCGCUUUUUCGAGGCGGAAAAUGCGGACGCUAGCUGGUUCAAAGGAAAGCAGAUUGGCAAGGCCGAUGUGAUGGAAAAAGAAGUUAAGAACAAGAGUGGACCUCUUACUUUCUCCACGGCUCAAAGGGACAUUUACAGGAAGGUAAAGCAGUAUAUCAAAUCCCAUUCUCAUGACCCAUCCGCUGCCAGGGAUUCGCUAGAUCUCUCUCCAAAUAUGAAUGCAGCAGAUCGCAAAUUUACUCAAGAUCUUGUUGGCGCUCUGCAUCUUGAAUGGAAAACCGAGAUAAAUGAAGACGGUGAUCGGCGCCUGAAGCUUUGGUUUCCAGCGAGACUCGAAGGCGAUGACGAGGAAGAAGGAGAGGAUGAAGAAGCAUCCAUCGCUUUGAGGAGAGUUCUGAAGCACUACGACAAUGCGACAAUAACUGAUGUAUCAGCCCAAGACACCAAAUUUCAGUUGGAAAAGAAGUACGAGGAGAAAUUUUCGAAGUGGAAGGAUGUCUAUUACAAAAGCAAGUUUGAGUGGGGUCUCGACAACGAGGAAGAAAUGCGCAAGUUGACGGAGAACUACGUACAGGGUCUGCAAUGGGUGCUGUACUAUUACUACCGCGGUGUCGCAUCUUGGCCCUGGUUUUAUGGUUAUCAUUACUCGCCUAUGAUCUCCGACGUAAAGCAAGGCCUCAGAGCUGAUAUGAAUUUUGAACUUGGCCAGCCAUUUCGACCCUUUCAACAACUGAUGGGUGUUCUGCCAGAUCGGAGCAAAAAGAUUGUCCCAACGCCUUACCAUGAACUGAUGACAAGCUCCGAUUCCCCUAUUUACGAUUUCUAUCCACGUGACUUUGAGCUCGACAUGAACGGCAAGAAAAUGGAUUGGGAAGCGGUUGUGAAAAUCCCUUUCAUUGAUGAAACCCGCUUGCUUCGCGCAAUGAGCAGCAAACAUCAUAUGCUGUCCGAGGACGAGAAUGAGCGAAAUGAUUUUGGGGUCUCUCUUAAGUUUACAUACGGGCCUGACGUAGAGUAUGUGUAUGGCUCUUCUUUGGUCGGCAUUUUUCCAGACAUCCCGCGCUCGCAUUGUGUCGAGAACAUCUUCGAUUUGCCGACCAUGGAAGGGCUUGAUUAUCAUGUUGGCCUAAUGCGAGGAGUCAUGCUUGGCGAGUCUGCGCUUUAUGGGUUCCCAAGUCUGAAUUCUCUCCCUUUCUUUGGGAGUUUGGAUUUCCACGGCGUGAGUGUCUUCCAACAGGACAGCCGCAAUGAGAGUAUGAUAAUCACCCUACUGGAAACAGAGGCCCGCACAACAAUCACAUGUGCCAAGAGGCUCCUAGGUCGAAAAGUGCAUGUCGGCUACCCGUAUCUGUCCGAAGCUAAGGUCAUGAGUGUAUCUGACGAAAUGUUUAACUAUAGCCUGCCACCAAACGGACAAGGUCCACCAAUCGCUGCUCCACAUGGUCCGCAGGAGCUUCAAAUGUGGCAUAAGAAGGCCACAAGGAUUGAAAACACCUAUAGCAAGAGAUUGGGCACAAUCAUUGGCGACGUGCAAUCACUGGUGCACGUCGAUACUCUGAAAGGUUUGAAAAAGACCGACGACGGAGCCACUAUCAAGGAAUAUGCACAAAUCCCAGGAAUUGAGACGGACUACGCUGCCCAAGCUGUUGUUGAAAAUGUCCCUCAUGAAGACCAACGUUUCAUCGAAAAGGCUGCAUUGCCUGUAGAAGAAGAGUUUCCGAUCGGCUCUAGGGCUUUCUUCUUGGGUGAUUACAAUUAUGGGCGACCGUUAGAGGUUGUAGGUCAUACUGGUGACAAGAUUGAUAUAUGGGUAUCGACUGCGGCCGCUAAAGUACCAGAAUUUGGUCGCAAAGUCGCAGCAGAUGCCGAUAAUCACUCGCCAUACACGCCAUCAUAUGCAGUCGCAAGAGUUCUUGGCCUAAAUCCUUUAGUGCUAAGUAAGAUCACUUCAUCCUUCUCCGUGGUGGUCGAAAAGGACCGGGUGAACCUCGGUCUGAAUUUGAAAUUUGAGGCAAAGAAAUUGAAGGUGCUGGGCUACUCGCGGCGGAACACAUCAGGCUGGGAGUUCAGUGAGAAAGCAAUCGAACUCGUGAGACUCUACAUGAUGAAGUUUCCCGAAUUCAUUGCCGGUAUUCAGCGAAAGCCCCAAGGCGACUUGUUCGAACCCACCGACUUUUAUCCAGCUUCAGAAGCCUAUUUAAAGAUUAAACAAAUCCAAACCUGGUUGAAAGAGAUCUCAUCCAAAAAUUUCGAAAAAGUGCCAUUGGAUGCCGAGCAACUUGAUUCGGUUGUAGUCCACAGGCUUGAGGAAGAAGCUGACAAAGCCUUCCAAUUGGAUCCACCGGGCAAAGGCGUAAACAAGAAGAUCAAAGGAGCACCUCGCAACGCUCUCAUGAGGCCUUCUGACGCAGAACAGCGGCUCAAUCACCAAAGGUUCUCGCUGGGAGAUCGUGUUGUGUACGUGCAGGACUCCGGUCGAGUGCCGAUUGCAACAAGGGGAACCGUGAUUGGUAAAACACGCACAACACGGACAACACUCUUGGAUGUAGUUUUUGACGUCACGUUCAUGAGUGGAACUUCACUUGAUGAUCGAUGCUCCCCUUUCCGUGGAUCUACGGUUCCGUUGCACACUGUCUUAAAUCUCACUGACCGCCAACUGACUGCCGGAUCUAAAGCAGAGGACAGCCAUCGGCGUCAACCCCAGAGUCAGCCUCUGAGUACUUCUGGAUUUCCUGCUCCGGCGGGGAUGCACGGUCAAGGUCAAUUGAAGCCUGCGGCCGCCCCUCUACCCCUCCGCGGUUCGUUCCGAAGGGCGGUGGCUGGUACCAGAGGCAUGUCUCAGGCUGGAGUGAGAGGCGACUUUGGUCACGCAAACAGUCAAUCUGCACAUCAUAGCCUUCCCAUUCGAAGCGGGCUUCAGGGGACAGACGUACAAGGCCAAAGUACAUCACAGACCGAGGGAGUACUGCCGCGGGGAAGAGGAGCGCAGCAGUUGAACGUGAUGUCUUCACGAGGUCGCGGAAACUCGGCCCUGACACGAGGAGGAUACCACCGAAUUGAUGACGGUUUAUUGGAUUGGAGGCCGCAGAACAACCCGAGCUUCAGGCCCAAAUCAUACUCGAAUGUUCCACCCCCCGCAAUGCUCGAAUCUCGUGGCAGAGGAAACCGUGGUGGUAGAGGAAGUCCCUCGCGUGGGAUUGCACCAAGAGGGAGCAGUGGACCACAGAGCAGAGCGAUCGCUGUCGUCGUUCAACAACAGUGA